AAUCUUGGUCUUAACCAUGGGCUUUGUUUUUCUUGUUUUCACCCUUUCGCUUAGCUGUCUUUGAAAUAUCCUGGGAACAAAGGAGUGGCGCAUUAGGAUGGAUGGAGAAGAAGAAGGAGCAGCAUAUGGAUGGACGGGUGGACAAAAACUGGCUUUGCCUUAUUUUUGUUUUUUCGAGGAACGUUUCUUACAUCUUACACUCCAUUUCUUUGUGCAUAAAUUGCAUCGCAAACCUCUUUUUUCUUUCUGCCUUCUUCACACCCGUACGACUUGCAAUCACGUCUACACAUCGCAAUCCUUCUUUUGACGAUGUUGCCGUUUUGCAUGGACGUCUUUUUACAGUCACACAUGUUGAAUCCACCUCAUGUGUUUUUUUCUCAACUAUUUUCAAGCUUUGUAUGUAUGGAAAACAAGGGUCAAGGCAAAAGGCUAUGAUGAAUCAAUGAACCACGUUUCACGAUGGCAUAGAAGAGGACGGCGAAUACCUGCUGGAUGGGGAGUCCUUGUGUGCAUAAAAUGAAGAUCAUUCCACAGAGAAGAGGAAUCCGAGUAUCUGCCAAAUGACGGUGUAAACGUCACCACAUUAUUUUACAGUGCCUACACUAUCACCA